AUGGACAACAACAAUCAAUAUCCAAAUAUGUCUCAAGAAAACGACGAUUGUGUUCAGAUUGUGGCUUUGAACGAAGGUCAGGAGGAAAUAACGGAGAAUUUGAUGGUACAGAAUACGCAGUAUGCUCUGGAAGUGGAACCUGCUCCAAAAAAAAUAAACAAAGGAAAACAAUUGAUGUCAACGAAGAAGAAGCAAAUUUCGACGAUCAAGAAAAAUCCUAUUUAUGUAUGGUUAGAAAAUUUGUGGCAGAGCGACAUAACUCUACGCAUAAUGAAACCAUGGCUUCAAUUAGUCAACAAAAAAGCGUUAGCAACAAAGAAUAUGAAAUUAUAUCAAAUAGGACAAGCGAUAACGAAAAUAAUGAAGGAAUUUUUAAUACACGCAAAGAAUGCAAAGGUAAACUUGACGAACUGUGGCUUCGGAGUCUUCGAGGAGUGGAUCUGCGAAGAAGGAUUAUCCACGACAUAUGGGAAGCUCCAAGCGAUGGAUUGGGACGAAGGUUUGAGCUCAAUAUUAUUCGACCAUUAUUCCGAAGCAAUCAUGGAGUUGGAGAAACGUCAACAGGAGUCAGAGGACGAAGUGGAAUAUUUAUCAUCGGCGAACAUGAAAGGCAUAUCCACGUCAUCCACGACUGCCAAUAUUCAGGAAGUACAUGUAGGUGCGUCCACAUCCAAAGACUCAGAGAUUAUGUUACCGAAGAUAUUGAAGAAGAACAAAUCUGGGAUAACGAAAAACAAAGUCACAUUCCAGAAGGAGAAAUCACCAUCGAAGAGGCUGAGGAAACUGAGCAGCGACGACGAAUACGAAGUCGGUCAAUUAUUCCAGGAACAACAGAAAAAUACUCAGGGGAGCGUAGAGGACGAGAGCGAACCGGAUGUGGACAUUCAUCCAGAAACGCCGAAGAAAAAGAGGAAAGUGACAUGGAACGACUCGGAUUCGGAGAAAGAAGGAGUGGACGAAGAAGAGGAUUACGCUUGUAUGGUCGCAAAUCUUGCUCAAGCUCAUUCAUUAGUACAGACUACUGGAAAAAUCUCGCAAUCUAUCUUAGUAAAGGAUGCAGACGGUUAUAUCAAUAUAACGUCGCCGGGAGAGCGUGGGUGUAUGCUGGUGAAGUUAGAGCUUUACCCAUUCAAAGAUUGCGCCAAAUUACCGAAGAAUCAGUAUUGGACCAAGCGCACAUACAGCUCGCUAACAGUGAUCUCUUCGCCAACAUCCCCUGCAUACGAUCUAGUAAUGAAACUGAGACGCCAGAUGACAAAGGACGUUAUGAAAAUCAAAAAUGUAAAGACCGAAAAGAAGGUCGUAUCAGGCUGGAAAAGUGGU